GAAAAUUGCCAAUACCUAAGCACCGCCGCUUGCGUCAUAACUCAAACAACUUUCCUUCUGCUGGUGACGUUGACUCUGUGAACUUGAAAAUCACAAAAGAAUCUACCUUCACCUUCUCCCAGAGCAACAGCAACAGUAGCAUCAGCAGCAGCAGGAGCGCCAGCAGUAACACUCCAAGGCCGGGUUAGCAUCAUGAACGGGAAAGAGAACGCACUGUUCUAGUACAGGCCACGGGUCCACCGUGCGUUGUUUAGACAGGCUACCCCGCACCGUGGCCACACUCAUCAUUGCCACAUCACAUAACCUAUAUGAGGCAGUGGACGCCGCACGGCAGCACCAAUUGGAGAAGCAUAAUUUCAAGUUUCAAUAACGAGAAAUUUCGACGCGGCCACCAAUCUAGGUCUCAUAUUGCCCGUCUCUGCUCGUUUCUUUCAGUCUAUCUUGGGUUGGUAUGAUGGUCACUUUGUGCACCAACUUGAAAACGACCAAUAAUUGACAUCAGAGACUUGAAAGAUUAUAUUGCACUUUGACUGCAGAACAAAGCUGAAAGCGUACUGAGUUCUGAGCGGAGGAAGGAUAUUGUUCUGCUUUAGAGGCGGUGCGAAUAUCGUGCUCUGAAAGUGUUCAAUUAUUACUUCUACCCUUUGAGAAGAAAUUUCUAUUUUUCAGAUAAAAAUGCAGCCUAGAGAGCUAUUGAAUAGUGUCUUCGAGGGUGACCAUGCCUCACCAGUGUAUGCCUCACAGGGAAAUUCAACUUCAGUGGCAACAACCAAUUCAUUGCUUAGCCUGACCGAUGCUAGUUCAGGCACAGGUGCGGCAUCAUCGCUGUUGGAUAGUGCUGACAUUUCGGCACUCGGUCAUAGUUACUCGAACUUGCAGUAUGCGACUGGUAAUGUCACACCGUUCCCGUCUCAACUGUCUUUGAAUCACUCUCACGGCAGCCAGGACUUAACCAUCGGUAACACUCCACACACACCGAUAUCACCCCAUUUGGCCGGGCAGACUGACGGGCAUUACCAAGAAAAUGGGCAACAACUGGGUAGUGUGCGAACGCAUAAUCAGCAUGGGAAUGCAUUUCAAGACCUUCGCCAAACCAAGCACAAUCCGCCGACAUCAUCACUGAGAAAUGGCGCGACGCAUGGUGCAAGGCAGAGCCACGGCUGGAGUCCCAGCGACACAGGUGCAGCGCCUCUCAGCCAUGCAUUACAACACCGUGUCCACGCUACUGUCUCACACAGCUCCUCUACCACGUCUGAAACACAUGCCCAACAUGUACGUGUACCCAGUUCCCAAUCAGGCUUCGAUCAGCCCAAUCCACUGCUGCAAAAUGGUCAGGCAAUCAGUGAACCUAUGGGAAUCAAAGGACUAGUGGUGAAGGCGCCUGCGCAAUGCAACAAGAGCUGCAGCUUGUGCAGCAAAGACAUCACUGGUGGCUCGUACUGCCAGACAUUCGGCAAUAUCGCCAUCCAUCAGCAGUGCUGCAUGUGUGCAGUGUGUAACACGCGGCCAGCGGCAACGGACGCCAUGUUUAUGCAGCCCAACGCCGUGAUGAAAUGCUUCUGGUGUACCAGUGGUACUGCAACAAUACCAGCCACUGAGCGAGAUUCCGGUGUGGUGCCUCAUUCAACAAUGCCUGCUACAACAGAAGAUUUACAAAGCAUGCUCAUGUCUCCGCCAUUGGAGUUAAGUCCGACAUCGCACCAACACUCCUCAACGCAUGUGUCAUCAUCUCUGCCUCAACACCAGACGCCACAGUUGGGUAUGAGCAUUGCAGAUCUGUGGUCUGGUCACACACACGACGCGGAAUUCGAUUUAUCACCAGAAGCAGCUUCACCAAAGGGCCAAACAACCAGCGAAGGACACAUACGCACCGUGAGUGACAGCGCCUCCCCUGGACUUCAAAAUUCGGAGAGAUCUCGUUCAGAUGAAGCAAACAAAGAACGAGGUCCUCGCACACACAUCAAACCAGAACAGCUUUCCGUGCUCAUGAACACGUUUCAACGCAAUCCCAAGCCCCCCAAACAUGUUCAGGAAAGGGUUGCCAAGGAAACUGGUUUGACGAAGAGAGUGGUGCAAGUAUGGUUUCAGAAUAAAAGAUCUAAGGAGAAGAGAAUUCGCAUGAUGCAACGACCUCAGUUCUCCGAUCUAGCCUUGUACAACCUAAUGUCUGGCAACAUCCAUCCCAGCGUAUAUUUCAAUCGGGCAGCUGUUCCACCAUAUAUGUACGAUCAGUACCACCUAGGUCAACCCAUGCCUGCACCCGUGGAUGUGAAGAACGACUUUCAAACAUCUGAAUGUCCUCAGCAACAUGCCCAGCCGGCACAGCUCGAACAGCCAACAUUCAAUGGCCAUAGUGGAUUCGUGGACAACACUGCAACCCUAGCUGAUGGUCAGCGCACCACCGGCAAGGACACGCAAACGAAACUGUUGCACCCGGCUGCAACACCACGAACGGCUCGACCACACUAUGCAAACAGAUCAUCGCAAAUAAGUUUAAGUGACAAAGCUGCUCACAGACUAGAUUCAUCAAAACGAAACUGUUGCACCCGGCUGCAACACCACGAACGGUUAGACCACACUAUGCAAACAGAUCAUCGCAAAUAAGUCUAAGUGACAAAGCUGCUCACAGACUAGAUUCAUCAUACAAUCUGCCAUUGAGUGCCAGUUCACUAUAGUCAACUUACGCCACAUAUCAUACACAUGCCAUUUUUCUGAUCAAGUCCUGAACAAGUUUUGAAAUGUGAACAAGUUUUUUCAAUAUAAUAUAUCCUAUCUACUUGAACAUGUAGCUAGUACACUCGAAAUCAUGUCACGAAGUUCAAAAGAAGCUUUCGAACAUGUGAGGAAUGAACUAUCAAUAUCAUAUUCUUAUAAUUUAUCCAUACAAGAAAUAGUUUGAAGAUCUUGAUUGACAUAGAAAUGAAAAAUAUCAUUUGUGCACUCAUAACCAUGUAUAAACAAUUAAAAUGAAACAAUUCCAGAACGUUUUCGUGUGACUAUCAUCAGUGGGACAUCGUCACAUAAUAAGAAUCACUAAAACAACCAGUUAUAUAUCUUGAUUGACAAUAAUUAUUGUUACAGUGCGCAUGUCACUCAUGGAAGGAUCCAUGGGCUUAACAAUUGACAAUGGCACAGUGAAUAUUUUGUCAUUUUUAAAACCAUCAGAAAGUAUUCUAACAGUGUGGUGAUUUUGCAUUCCUUAACCAUACUCACGAGUAUCCUAUAAUGUACUGUACAUGUUACAUUGUAAGAAGUGUGAUCAACGCUGCAGGAUCACACUGUG